AUGCGUUAUUUUGUGUGCUUGCUGUUUCUGUUGCUGGAUUUGGAGGUGGCUGUGGAGGCAAGAAGAUGGAAAUUGAAGCCGGAUAUGUGCCAUUACAUGUUUGUGCACCCCAGAAUGGCUCACAAGCAAUGCAAUGCAGCAUGCUGGAAGAAUAAGAAUUGCUGGGGAUAUUGCGACGAAGAACACGGGCACAAGCGAUGUGUAUGUGGGAACUGUGAGCGGGUAUGCCCUCCGCCACCAACCGGACAGCCGGAAACUAGCCCUCCGGCACCAACCGAACCGCCGGCGACUAGCCCCACAGCAGAAGUCGGACAUCAGAUAUAUAUAACGUUCUAUACGGACCAAACCUAUGAGGAGGGUCAAGGCGAAUUUUUGAAUUUUGCAGAAAAUAUCAAAGAAGAGGUAAGUGUUUCUCAAGGUCUUCAUCCAACCAAAGAAUUAUUCUCUUUUUAG